AUGGACUACGACGCGUAUGAUGCCUUGCUGCACCACAUCUUCAAGCAGACGCAAGGGGACGCAUGGUUUAAGCCUUCCGAAGAGAACGUUCAUGCUGGCGUCUGCCUCCGCGUUGACAAUGGCAGCUUCCGGGUGUUCCCCUACGAGAACGAGUACCUCGAGGCUUUCGAGGCGGCUGUCCGAGCACUCAAUCCUGUCGUCGCUGUGAAGAUCCGCAGCGCAGCUAUCCACGCUGCGCUCUCUACGGUUAAGGAAGAUGCCGACUGCAUCUACGUCGACAAUGACACCCGUAUUCAGAUCGUUGACACCAUGAUACAUCUGUCUCGGGCUGACAAGGAGCAAUGUGGUGCCUUCAUCCGCGACGAACGCGUCCUCGUCGUGUGGUCCUACAACUUGGACAGCAUUAUCCCAACUUGCCGCGACUUCGAGGAUAAGCUUAUCAAACUUGUCUGGAAGCGCCGCUCGGCGUUCGCCUCCCUCGCAAGCUCCAUCGCUCCUUCGACAGCGCCCUCCGAUGUGAACCUCAACGAGAAGUCAGAUACCGCUCUCGUGACCGAGAAGGCGGCUGUCAUUCCCACGCCAAAGGUUCUGCCAACUCCUCCGAAGAAACGCUCGUGCGGUCUGGGCUACUGGAAGGCCGACGCGAGCGACUUGGAAAAGACGGCGGAAGGCCCCUCCUCGCGGCCCAUGCGCAUGUUCGCUCCCGUGUACUGCGGUUUGGGCGCGGCGCUGUCCCUCUUCUUUGUAGGAAACGGUGUAAGCGUACUGCUCGAAGAGUCGCUUCUCGACGGAAACUGGGCCCGUUUCGCCCUCUGCGUUACCAUCCCCUUCCUGUUCUGUGUCUCGCUCUUUUUCUCCUUGAUGAUCGUGACCAACAUCACAUACUGCGUGGGGCCUGUCGCGCAGUUUCAUCAGAACUCAAAGUACUAUUCGGCCGUGCCCCCCGCAGCGAACAAGCUCGUUGAUGAGAACCUGCCGCACAUCACGGUCGAGAUGCCCGUGUACAAGGAGAGCCUGAAGGAGACCAUCGCGCCGUCGGUGUACUCGCUCAAGAAGGCAAUGCAGACCUAUGCCCGCCAGGGCGGUACCUCAUCCAUCUUCGUGCACGACGACGGCCUCCAACUCAUCUCGGAGGAGGAGCGCGAGGAACGCAUCGCGUUCUACGCGGACCAGAACAUCGGCUGGGUCGCGCGCCCGCCGCACAGCAGCGCCGCGGACGGGUACAAGCGCGCGGGUCGCUUCAAGAAGGCGUCGAACAUGAACUACGGCCUUGCUCUCUCGCUCAAGAUGGAGAAGCACAUCCUCGCGCUCGAGACCGCCGCCGCAGCUGACCCGUCAGCGGACUCCGACGACACCCUCGAGGACCGGGCGCUCGAAAUGGCAGUCGAAGAGGCCUUCGAGGAGAGCGGCCGCCGGUGGCGCCCCUGGGCUUGCAACGGGAAGUCGCUUCGUAUGGGCGAGGUUAUCCUCAUCGUUGACUCGGACACUAUCGUACCGGAGGACUGUCUGCGCGAUGCGGCGCGCGAGCUCGCUGAGUGCCCGGAGGUCGCGAUCAUCCAGCACGAGUCGGACGUGAUGCAGGUCGCGAACCACUAUUUCGAGAACGGCAUCACCCACUUCACUCGGCGUAUCAACAGGUGCAUUUCGAUGUGCUGCGCCAAUGGCGAGGUUGCGCCGUUCGUGGGCCACAACGCGUUCCUGCGCUGGUCAGCGUUGCAAGACGCCGCGUUCAUCGACGAGGCGGAUGGUAAGAAGAAGAUCUGGUCGGAGUCGAACGUGUCCGAGGACUUCGAUAUGGCCCUGCGCCUCAUGCUGAGGGGUUACAUCAUCCGCUGGGCGACGUACUCCAACCGGGGCUUCAAGGAGGGUGUCUCUCUGACGUGCGACGAUGAGCUCAACAGAUGGCAAAAGUAUUCCUAUGGCUGCAACGAGCUCAUCUUCAACCCGCUCGUCCAGUGGUGGUACAAGGGCCCCAUCACCAAGCAGCUCCGCACGUUCAUGUGGUCAAACGCCCCGAUCCACUACAAGAUUGGCAUGAUGUCCUACAUGUUCUCUUACUACGCGCUUUCCGGAGCGUUCUUCCUUUCGUUGAUGAACUAUCUCUUGCUGGGUUGGAAUCUGCCCGUCGAUGGCUACUAUGAGCACAGUUUCGAAAUCUGGCUUGCGUGUACCGUUGUUUUCCCGGGCGCCGGUAAUCUCGGUUUCACGAUGCUCGAGUACCGCCUUGGUAGUCGACCGCUCCUUGACGCCGUCAUCGAGAACGUUACUUGGGUCCCGUUCUUCUUCUUCUUCUUCGGCGGGCUGAGCAUCCCGCUAUCGCAGGCGCUCCUCGCCCACCUCUUCUCGUACAACAUCACUUGGGGCGCGACCAAGAAGGAGGUCGAGCGCUCGAACUUCUGGCAGGAGGUGCCGAAGAUCUUCGAGCGCUUCCGCAUUUCGCUCGCCAUCUCCUUCGCCGCAGCCAUCGCCAUGAUCAUCCUCACCACGGACCUCAUCCCCAUCGGGUGGCGCAUAUUCAGCUGGGAUUGGGCGGUCAUCGUGCCACUGGCCAUCGUCGCCGGGUGUCAUAUCCUGUACCCCAUUCUGUUGAACCCGUGGCUCAUGAUUUUCUCGUACUGAGCAAAGUAUCAUCCUCUCAUUCGUCGUUACCGCCGCCGCGCUACUUCCCAUCACUCACUUCCCUUCUCUCGAAGUCGUUGGGCUCGAUCCUACCCCUCCCUCAC